GGUCUGGCUGGCGGCAGAGCCGUGCAAAUUCCACUAAUUACCGGGGUCAAGAAAACAAAGAAGAAGAGCGAGAGGAGAGGAAUAAAGAGCCGUCACAAUAUCUAGCGGUUACGGCAGCCACUUCUGGCACACCUCUCGACCCGCUUCUAAACGAGAAGGAGGAGAAAAGUCCAGAGGAAGAGAGCGAGAGAAAGAGAAGAGAGAUGGGAAGCACGGCUCUGCUCUCCCAUCCACAAAUUAGCAGCUGCUUCCGCCGCCUUGGUGCGGCCAAGCAGCACCGGUACGCUGCCCCGCGGAUCAAAGUAACGCCUUUCCCGAGCUCUCCCCACAGGCAUCGUCGGCUCCUCCGCUCCGCUCUCGAAGACGAUGCCAGAGAGGGGCAGCAACAGCAGCAGCUAUUGGCCGGUGUUGGGGCCACCGUCGAGGAAAGACCUGAAAACUUCCGAGAAGACUCCCCAGAGAGCAUCAAGCAAGAUAAUGGGCAAAGCACUCUCUAUAAUUUUAUUUAUCCUAGCAAAGAACUUCUUCCUGAUGAUAAAGAGAUGAGCAUUUUUGACCAUUUAGAGGAGCUUCGCCAGAGAAUAUUUGUCUCUGUUUUGGCUGUAGGAGCUGCUAUGUUAGGUUGCUUUGCUUUUUCAAAGGAUUUAAUAUUGCUCCUUGAAGCACCUGUAAGUGCUCAAGGAGUUCGCUUUCUGCAACUAUCUCCUGGGGAGUUUUUCUUUACAACUUUAAAGGUAUCUGGUUACUGUGGGCUUCUUCUGGGGAGUCCUGUCAUUCUCUAUGAGGUCAUAGCAUUUGUUCUUCCUGGUCUAACAAGAGACGAAAGAAGGUUCCUAGGGCCUAUUGUCCUGGGCUCGUCAGUGCUCUUUUAUGCUGGCAUUGCUUUCUCCUAUUCAAUUCUAACUCCAGCAGCCUUAAAUUUCUUUGUCAAUUAUGCGGAAGGGGCAGUGGAGUCAAUAUGGUCUAUUGAUCAAUACUUUGAGUUUGUGCUUGUGCUUAUGUUCAGCACAGGAUUGUCAUUUCAGGUUCCGGUUAUACAGCUCUUGUUGGGACAGGUUGGUUUGGUGUCUGGGGACCAAAUGCUCUCCAUCUGGAGAUAUGUUGUGGUUGGUGCUGUUGUCGCUGCCGCUGUGCUUACACCGUCAACUGAUCCGCUGACCCAGAUACUGUUGGCAGGGCCACUGUUAGGUCUCUACUUCGGUGGUGCAUGGAUGGUGAAGCUAAUUGGUCGUUAACUGCUUUUGCCUAAUGCAUAAUUUGCCUUCAAAUGGAUCCAUGAUAACCCAUUAGGUAUCACAAGCACACUAGAGGUAAGUGUUGUUUACAUUUAGUAUUCUAUUUGUUUUUGUAUCAUGACCAUACCCAACGUAUAUUUUUGUAUAUAGGUGGAUGGGAGCCUUGGGUUUCUUCUGUUAUUCUAGUUUGAUUUGAUAUGUAAUUACAUAUUUGU